AUGGCGGAUCAAGACGAGAUUCGAGGCAAUUCGGUCUACCAGAUCGAACAGCCUGUUACUGAAACACCCUCGCCGGUUGAGAAUCCUGUUGCUGUGAAGGAACAGAAGAAGACUGGUUUGAUGGCCAAAAUUGGCGGAAUGCUAAACCAGGAUAUCCGCGAGGAAAUGCCUGCAUACAAAGAUAUUGAGGUUCACACUUGGGACGGACCCGACGACCCCGAUAACCCAUUCAACUGGAGCCUGAAAUAUAAAUGGCUGCUAACGCUCACUGUAUGCUUCAUCUCCAUCUUGACCGGUCUCCCCGCAGGAACCUACGGCUCCGGCAACGACUGGAUGGAGAAAGAAUUCCAUGUCCAGAACGACCCAUUCCCAAACCUUUACUGGGCCACCACUUCCUGGAACAUGGGCGCCGCCUUCUGGCCACUGAUCUUCGUUCCUCUGACUGAGGCUUCCGGCCGCAUGCCAGGAUACUUUGUUGCAUAUAUUAUCCUUGUCAUCUCGCUCUUCCCAUCCGCGUUCGCAAAAAACUUUGCCACACUCGUCGUGACGAGGUUCUUUGGUGGCGGUGCUUCUUCCGUCUCGAUUAACAUCGUCGGUGGAAGUAUCUCCGAUGUGUGGCUUGGUGAUCAUGCUCGCAGUCUGCCGAUGUCUAUCUUCGGAUUUACAAGUGUUAUUGGUAUUGCACUUGGUCCAUUCAUUGGCUCUGCUAUUGUGCAGAUUCAGAGAUCGCAACCGUGGCGCUGGAUCUUCUAUGUCCAAAUCAUCUACAACGCAGCCCUAAUCCCUGUCUUUUGGAUCAUCCUCCGCGAAACCCGCCCAGACGUGAUCCUUAAGAAGCGCGCACGCAAAAUCCGCAAAGAAACCAACCGCCCGGUCUACGCCGCUUCCGAAAUCGACGCACCAAGCAAAAUGCGUCUCCUGAAAAUCUCCUUCCAACGCCCGACAAACAUGCUCCUCACCGAGCCGGUCGUAAUCUUCUUCACUCUAUGGAUCAGUUUCGCCUGGGGAAUCCUAUACCUCUUCUUCUCCAGCGUGGUGCAAACCUACUCAACAAAUUACGGCUGGGGCACGCUAUCAACAGGUCUAGUCCAGCUUGCUAUCUCUGUGGGCGCGAUCAUCGGAACAGCCAUCAACCCGCUGCAGGAUUGGUUCUAUCUCCGGUCUGAGCGACGCAACACAGAGAGGCCCGGUAAACCCAUUCCCGAGGCCAGACUCUACACGUCUAUCCCGGGUAGCUUACUCUUUGCGGGCGGUUUGUUCUGGUAUGGCUGGGCCAGUCAGCCUGAUAUCCACUGGAUCGUGCCGACUAUUGGCAUCACGGCCGCGGGUAUUGGAAUUUAUUCGAUUUAUAUGGCUGUUGUCAAUUACCUUACUGAUGCUUAUGAGCGUUAUGCGGCGUCGGCUUUGUCGGCUGCUUCGCUUGGCAGGAAUGCUUUUGGUGCGUUUUUGCCGCUUGCUUCGCCGCAGUUGUUUAGCAAUCUUGGAUUUGGCUGGGCUGGAACUUUGCUUGGGUUUAUUGGAGUUGCGUUGUCUGUUGUUCCUGUUGUUCUGGUGUGGAAGGGAAAGCAGAUUCGGGAGAGGAGUACGUUUAUGAGGGAGGCUAUGUGGGAGCCUGAGGAGAAGGUUGAGAUUGAUCGGACUGGGAAGGGGGAUAUGGGGCAUAAUGAGGGAAUUGUGUGA